AGUGUAGCACUAGGCCUCAUGUAGGUUGCAGAGUCCCGUUAAACGCAGAGAUGUUGGCUCUUUUGUUGCACGCCCCAUGGGAGAAAGUGGUGCAAGGUUCAGGAGGCGUAACUUUGAACUGGAGUACUUCUGCCUGUUUUCAGCUGUUGUUGACUGUUGAAAGGUGAACCUCCCAGGACUCCUCCAGCUGCUGUAACAAUUUCUUUUCUUCACUAUGAUUGCAUUCAUCCUGUUUACAGUUUCGGCAGUUUUGCCACUCUUGCUUUACUUGAGGAACCCCUACAUUUACAGAGACUUGAUGUACACAGUCGCCUCUCUUAAAAUUGGAGUGAAACUCAGCAAAUACGCCAAGCAAAAACCUCUCUACAGUAUUUUGGAUUGUUUUCUGGACAAAGUGGCGAAGCAGCCCAACAAGAAGUUUAUUGUUUUCGAGGACAGCUCCUUCACGUACAGCCAAGCCGACAAAGAGAGCAACAGAGUAGCACGAGCUCUGUCAUCGCACGCGCAGCUGAAGGAGGGGGACACCGUGGCUCUCUUCCUGGGGAACGAGCCCCACUUUGUGUGGGUCUGGCUCGCACUGGCAAAGCUCGGGUGCACAGCAUCUCUGCUGAACUACAACAUCAGAUCCAAGUCUCUGCUGCACUGUUUUUCCUGCUGCGACGCCAAGGUGCUGGUGGCCGGGACAGGUGAGCUAAGAUAAGACUUUUGACCACUAUUUGUUUACGAGCUAAGUUGAUUUUCUUUGGUCGAGAUGUGCACUGAGAAAAAAAGUUAAGGGGGGCUUCUGUAGGCCCACGUACAUUUUGUUUCUUAAACCCGGAGCUGAAUGUGAGACAUCAAAUUAAAAAGUAUAUAUCGCAGAAGUCUUACGCUGAAAGAAAACGUAUCUUUUAGAAAUUAUCUGUUAUAUGUAGGGAUGCACCGAUCCAAUAUUUGGAUCGGAUACCAGCUCCGAUAUUGACAAAUUAACUGAUCGAAUAUCGGAUGAAUGACGCCGAUCCAGCGUUCCGAUCCAGUCUUUUUUUUCUCUUAAUACAUGGAAGUCUUACUUCUUUUUGCUGUGUGCUAAUGUGCAAUUUGUGAUUUUUUGAUAAAUAAUAUUAAGUAAAUUCAUAUCUGUGUGAAUUUGUUACCUUUUUUUACAAGGCUAAUGUCAGGCCUGAUGCCUUCACGCACAGGGCAAGGUAUACAGUUUAUUCAUUCAACAGUAGAAUUGGAUCGGAUAUCGGCCGAUACGCUCAGCCCAGGUAUUGGAUUGGAUCUGAAAAAAAAGGAUCGGUGCAUCUCUAGUAAUAUGUAUAAAGUGUUUACUCCUGUGAAUGUUCCUUUUAUUGCACUUAAGACAUGACUUACUUAUAUUCGAUGCUAAUACUGAUAGGCUACCAAUAUUAGGGAUAAAACAUAACUUUAAACCAUAUUCACCAACUAAUUUAGCUUUAACUCACUGUGAGAGUGCUUUCUUUAACAUAAACUCAUGAUACAUUAAAACUCUUGACGGCUGAAAAGUCAUACUGUCAUUUCUGAGCAGACUCUGCAUUGUUGUGUUGAUGCAAUGAAAGAAACAAAGCUUUCAAACAAGUCACAAUCCAAACAGAGAAACAAACUCUGCAGUGAUUCUUUGUACACCAUGCAUGCUGCAUUUUUUUUUAAAUAUUCCUGAAUACAUAUUAAAUACAUUGGUUACAAAUGAAUACCCAACCAUGCUGCAUUCUCAUACACAAAACUAUUACAAACUCCUUCUCCUCAUUUCUUUCAGACUUGCAGGGGGCUGUGGAGGAGGUGUUGCCUGCCCUGAAGCAGCAAGGUGUCCGUGUGUUUAUCCUCAGUGAUGUCUGUGAUGUGGACGGCAUUGAGAGCUUCUCAGACAAAAUCAAGCAGGCCUCAGAUCAGCCGCUGUCACCACAGCUUAGAGCCAACGUUCAUUUCAAGAGUCCUGCACUGUACAUCUACACCUCAGGGACCACAGGUGAUCUUGAACUCUAGGUUUGACUUUUUGGGCUGUGCAGAUCUUGAGUGUAAAUAAGGAGACAUAAAAAAAAAUGCGACACCUGCUUUUAAGUUCAAUGUUACAUUUCAGGGCUUCCCAAGGCAGCUGUUAUCAACCAUGAGAGACUGUGGCUGGCAACUUACCUUCAGUCGAUCGCAGGCGUUCACUCAAAUGAUAUCAUCUAUAUUUACCUUCCGCUUUACCACAGUGCUGGAUUUCUCAUGGGACUCUGUGGAGCCAUUGAAAAAGGUGACUUGUAGCAUCAUAAAGCGUGCAAAACAUGACACCCAGACUGUACUCUGAUUAGUUUACUCUAGGUCAAAUAGAAAUGACCUCAAAUAACAGCCACUCCAGUCUGAUAUGACACUAUUUGUAUUUCAAAGUCCUACAGGUCAAAAAAUUCGAUCACGGCGUGAGAUAGUAAUGUUCAGCUAAAAUCUGUGCCUCUUCUUUCCCAGGCAUCACUAUCGUCUUAAAACGUAAAUUCUCAGCCUCUCAGUUUUGGAACGACUGCAGGAAGUACAACGUGACUGUUAUACAGUACAUUGGAGAAAUUAUGCGUUACCUCUGCAACACACCAAAGGUAAAAGCCAGGAGGAAAUUACCCUCAAUUACAUGAUUUUAUUGUUUUAUUAUGAUACAACUGUCAAGGAGACACAUAACUAAAUAGAUGAGUCCUUUUUAUGGUACUGUCACUUUUCUUCCUUUACGUUCCAGAAAGACAAUGACAAAGAUCAUAAAGUUCGACUGGCAUUGGGGAACGGGAUAAGAGCUGACACCUGGGCUGACUUCCUGCAGCGAUUUGGUGACAUUCGUAUAUGUGAAUGUUAUGGUGCCACUGAAGGAAACAUUGGCUUUGUCAAUUAUGUCGGCAAAGUUGGAGCAAUUGGCAGAGAGCACUUCCUCCACAAGGUAAGAGGCUGAGUGUAAAUGCUGUCUUUUUACAGUGUUUAACUGUUAAACUACUACAACUAAAGGCAUAUUUCAGAAGAACACAGUUUGACAAAGCACAACAACAUUUCACAAAACACAGCAUUCUGGACAGCUCAGGGAAAAAGCAGGUUAUCCUUUAACAGGGGGGAGUGGCAGUUUGAUCUAUGGCUCCUGCUGUUCACAUGUAGAAGUGGGCAAGACACUGAAAGUCCAAUUCCUAAUAAGUUAAACUGGGAUUUGAUCAUUACUGACGGUCAGUGAACCACUUGUUUGUGGCCUCUAGCCAUCUAUGUGUAUGCGGAGCUCCCACUAUCUGCUUUAACUGUAGAGCAAUAUGAAACCUUACACUGAAACACAAUAUGCACUGUCACAGUAUCAAAAUGAAUGUACAAAGAGACGACAGCAGCUGAGCUGCAUUACUGCAGUGCUGCAAACUGGCAUUAAGAAAAGUACAGCUGUGUGUGGACGUUUUAAUGUAGCUUGAACUCUUAGGGGUCAAAACACUGGAAAGGAACUUUAUAAUCAAGUCCACUCUCCAUUUCUUGGAACACUACUUAUCAAAAAACAAAUUUCACCAAACAAAUAUUUAGUAUAACACAAGAACAAGCCAGAUAACAUAAAAAGUUGGACAACACACAGUUGGAUAAACAGAAGUGGACCAUUACUGUUCUUGUGGAACAGGUCACUGCAGUUCCAGGUCUGUGUUUCGCUGAUUGUUUUGGCCACAGCAUCAACCAAGGAGCAAUGUUGAGUUUAGUGCAAUGUUGAGUGUUUCUACGAUGUUUUGUACAGCUUCAGAAAGCUGUUGUGGAAUAACAAAAGUGUUGUUUAGAGUGAUGUUUUAUCCUUGGAUUCUUCCUCAGAUGGGCUGUCCUUACGCCCUCAUAAGGUACGACACAGAGAAAGAGGAACCGGUCAAAGACUCCAGGGGGUUUUGUAUCGAAGUCCCCAGAGGUGAGCCAAUCCCAUCUAAAGUUGCAUAUAUUUGGCUCUACUGUAAUCUUAUAUCUGCUGCUAAUUCAUAUCUGAUACUGGCUGUUUUCACCCAAAGGAGAAACAGGUUUGUUGGUGGCAAAGAUUGGAAAACGAACGCCCUUCAGUGGUUACGCCAAGAACCAGCAGCAAACGGAGAAAAAGAAGCUGAGUGAUGUGUUUGUAAAGGGAGACCUUUAUUUUAACAGUGGAGACCUUCUGAGGAUAGAUGAGGAAGGAUUUGUCUUCUUUCAAGACCGCAUCGGCGACACUUUCAGGUACAUUGAUGCAAAAUUGACGAUUGAAGCAGAUGAUGAGGGUUACAUAGAGUUACUUCAAGCUUUUUCAACUCAGGCUUGUCAUUUUAGGUCUCAUUUAAGGUUGUUCUGCCCCUUUUGUUUUCCAUUUAAAAUACAAAAAAACGUUAUGUUUCCUCACAUUUUCCUUUUGAAAACACUCCAGCUUGAGGAUUCAAGUCUCUGUUUUGUCAUUCAAAGGUGGAAAGGAGAAAAUGUGGCGACCACAGAAGUGUCUGAUCUCUUGGUCAUGGUCGACUGUGUGGAAGAGGCUAAUGUCUACGGGGUGAAGGUGCCAGGUAGGAACAAAGUGACUGAAAAUAUUUGAUAAGGAACAUACUCAUGAGAAAAAGGUCAUCAGAAAGCUUUUUUGUUAAGUCUGCAACUUUAGUUCACUGAAAUCAUGAAUCAGUAAUCCUGCAAACGGAGGUAAAGCUAUUGGGAUAUUUGAAAAAAUAGAAGAGCUGAUAUCCUAGACUUUUACCACAGUAUGGAACAAACACAGAGCAAUUAGUUUCAUCCUAAAACAAGCCUCUUUAUUUCCUUUAACCUUGACUGAUAAGGACACGAAGGAAGGAUAGGGAUGGCAGCCUUGAAGUUGAAAGAAAACAUGGACUUUGAUGGUAAAGCCGCAUAUCAGCACGUCAAACAAUACCUCCCCAGCUAUGCAAGACCGCGCUUCAUUCGCAUACAGGUAAGGACUGGGUGUUCAACCCAAUUUUAAAGAUUAUCUUGCAAUUAUUAUACAUCUAUUUGAUUUUCCUGGGCAGAAUGCGCUGGAGUUAACUGGAACAUUUAAGCAGCUUAAGAAGACGCUGGCAGAGGAGGGCUUCGACCCUGCUGCCAUCAAGGAUCCUUUGUUCUACCUGGAGGACAACAACAGCUACGUCCCCAUGACUCAGGAGACAUUCAACGCCAUCUCAGAGGGAAGAACCAGGCUCUGAACGAGUCCAGUGUUUAUUACUGAACCAUCAGUUUUAGACAGUACAUUUAAUUUGUCAGACAAAACAGGAUGCCAGAUGAUGAUGAUGCACAGAAAGCAUUGAGCACUUAAAAGGAAAUCAAACUUAAUGUGAAGAAUUUUGUGAAACAUUUCAACAUAUGUGAUUUUUGUUUAAUAUACUUUUUAAUAAAUGUAUUUUUAAAAAAUGGAAA